AUGGAAGGUUAUCAAGGAGCACCCAUUCGUCAGCCCACUGCUAUGACUUACAUCUGUGCUGAUUGUGGCACAGAAAACCAGCUUAAGCCUAGAGAACCUAUCCGAUGCCAAGAUUGCGGCCACAGAAUCAUGUACAAGAAGAGAACCAAGAGAAUGGUACAAUUUGAGGCUCGUUAG